UUAUUAAAAAAAGAAAUAAUGAAAAUCGUUAAACCCUAAAGCCUCCUCUUUUCUUCACAAUCCCUUCUCCUCUUCCCUCUCACCACUUCAGGAACCCCCGCCGUCGCUCUACUCCUUUUUCACGACUUUCUACCCUCUCUCCAUCUCAGUGUGGAAACUCCGCACAAUUAUUCCAUAAUGCAGUCAAACGAAGCUUCCACUUCCAUGGAUGUGGAAACAAUUUCAACUCAAACAAAAGAUGUAGUUAGCACAUUGCCUCCAAAACCACAGUUUGAUCCUCUAAAGCCUCAUGAAAUGAAUGAUGGUCGAGUUCAAUUCCGAAAGGUCUCUGUUCCACCCCAUCGUUAUUCCCCUCUAAAGAAAGCAUGGAUGGAUAUUUACACCCCAAUUUACGACCAGAUGAAAAUCGACAUCCGAAUGAAUCUCAAGGCACGGAAAGUCGAGUUGAAAACCAGAGCAGACACACCCGACAUUAGUAACUUGCAGAAGUCUGCAGAUUUUGUUCAUGCUUUCAUGCUUGGUUUCGAUGUUAUUGAUGCCAUUGCACUCUUACGUGUUGAUGAACUCUAUGUGGAGUCUUUCGAGAUUAAAGAUGUUAAAACGUUGCGAGGCGAGCACUUAUCCCGAGCCAUUGGUAGACUGUCUGGUAAAGCUGGUAAGACAAAGUUUGCCAUCGAAAAUGCCACCAAGACGAGGAUAGUUAUUGCAGAUACUAAGAUUCACAUAUUAGGAUCCUUUGCAAAUAUCAAGAUUGCUAGGGAUUCUCUUUGCAGUCUCAUUUUAGGGUCACCUGCUGGAAAAGUUUAUUCAAAGCUAAGGGCAGUUACAGCCAGAUUGGCAGAAAGGUUUUGAUCUGUAAUUUAAUGUUUGUUUGUCUUGAUAAAUGAAUUUUGCAUACACUAGUUGUUUGAGGAAGAGUACAACUUUAUCGAAAGGCUUAUGCAUUGAAGUUUUGUAAUCAAUACACAAACCGGGUAUCAGUUGAUUCUUGGUAUUUGCUGAUGUUGUUUUAACAUCGUUGAUUGGUGUCCAUUUGAGUCUUACCUAUAAAGUGUGUACCAUUUUAUGAGAGAAAGAAAGGGGCAUAGGUUUUAUUUUCCUGUUUAA